AUGCAUCACGACGAUAAGGCCGAGACGCCAGGCGCGAUAGCCAUUUCACAGCUUCUAAGGCCUUCACGAAUCGUACAGGUGUUACUCUUCUCGGUGGUGCUGGCCACAGCAUUCUCGUCCGUCAGUGCCCAGAGCAGUGGCUACAACUACCCCAAACCAACCACCACGACUUCUGCUCCGUUUACGGGUUACAACUACCCGAAACCAUCGAAACCUUUCAACGAAGGUUACACCUAUACGACACCAAAGUGUCCGCUGGUACUGCCGAGCACCACGACCACCACAAGCACCUCAACGAUUGUCUCGACGAGCGUCCGUACGGAAACACUGCCUCCUGUGACCCAGACUUCGACUUCAACUUCCUACAUUACGCUCCCUCCAAUCGUACAGAUCGAAACGUCCAGCGUUUUCGUGACCCUAACGUCAACCGAAAUCCAACCGACGACCGUCACUUCCCUCCUGACGACCACCUACUGUCAACCGAAUAGCUAUCUGCCACCUCCGCCACCACCACCACCACCAAACACCUACCUUCCGGUUGAACCACCCUCGAAGGAGUAUCUUCCGGCGGCCGGAGAUGGAGCCACCACGCCAUCACGCCAACCGAACGCCGAUGCCGUCAUCCGGACGUCCUCGUCGGUGGAUCAAACCACGCCGCAGCAGAGCAACGGAGCCGGAACGGGGACAUUCAUUUCCACCUUCGUAAGUCAGCAGCAGAGCGGACCGAUCAAGCGAGCUGCUGGCGUCACGGGGAAGUUCAGAGACUCCUGGGAGCGUACGGAGUUGAAUGAGGUGGCCGCAGAGACCGGACAACCGGCCAUUAACAUCAUCUACCUGGAUGGACAGUCCGGUGCCACGGCUAGAGGACCGCAACCGUCGGCCGCGCUGAUGAACUGGUUGCUCUGCAAGUUCAAUCUCUCCACCGGAUCGUGCAAUGGCGAUCCGACGAACUAG